AUGGACCUUGAAUUAGAAGACUCCGGAUACCUGUGCGCUUUGGAAGGGCAGAAGACGCUCGAAUUGGCCGACGAAAAGAAACAGGCCAACUUCGAGCUCGGUGUCGCGAUGCUGGUGCACGGAUGGGACAUCCUGACCACCGCCGUGGACAAUAACUGGGGUGGACCCGAGUCGGCUGAGAAAAGAGACUGGAUCAGCGCGAUCGUGGUAGACCUGUUCAAGCAGAACAAGGAAGUCGACAUCAUCUUGAUCCACGAGACGUUGUUCAACGCCAUGGAGGACGAGUUCGACGUUCUUGUCGAGGAUCACAGCACAGUUCACAUCGCAUCUGCCGUGGUCCAGGUUUACCAGGACUGUCUUGCUGGAACAUUCGAUCGUGUGCAGUCGAUGUACCAAAAGUACUUGCAGAAGCAGGAGUACCGCAAAACCCACGGCGUCCAGAAAGUCGAACUCCCAAGUGACGAGAGCGGAGACGACGACGACGACGAAGAUGAAGACAUGAUGGACGUCGAACACAACCACGACCACCACGAUCAUCACCACAGCCGCGAGCCUAUCGUCGACGACGACGGAUUCACAGUGGUCACCAAGGGAAGACGUUAA